GACAAGCAGCAGCCGCAAGCCCGGAGCGGCAAAGCGGAACAGAGAAGGGGCCCAGAUUCCGGGGCAAGCAAGACCCUAGAUGCGCCUCCUUCUUCCUCUCUCAGCAAAGCCUGGAGAAACAGCCCAGGGGGAGCCAGUGGGCAGUGAAGGAAGGAAAUGAAAAUAGUGGAGGAGUCUGCGACAGCCUGGGGUCUCCAGGGACUGUGAAAGCCAGCCGCCCCCCGCGUGGUCCCCCCACCUCCAAUCAGCGCAGCCCCACUGAGGCCAGAGAACAGCGCUACUCACUCACCCUUUCUCCAGGGCCCGCCCAAGCUGCGUGGGAGAAGGGGGUGUGUUCUUGAGACAGACCCUCGAAUCUGCUCGACAGACCAAUAUCCUGUCAGAGACGCAAAGGGAAAGCGGGAGCGGAUACAAAGCAGGCCAAGGGGUUGGCUAGACUGAGAAGCCCCCUGGGCUCUCUGCCCUCUCCAACCUUUCUUCUGCUACUGACCCAGAGUGGACCAAGGAGUCCGCCUCCUCUCCUUCCUGGGCUGCCAGGGAAGAAAGAGAAUCGCACCACCGGCGGACAAAGCGGCAGCAGCAGCAAGAGGGAGCCGCGAAGGAAAGGGGGGUCCCGCUGUGGACAAUGGGGCUGCGUCUCCUCCUGCUCGCCUGCUUGGGAUUCAACUUGUUCGGCUUCCUGCUGUGCACCCGGACCCCAGCGCAUCCUCUGGACUCUAAGGAAAAUAAUGAUACUGUGGGCCCAAGGACAUUUCUAUUCAGGAAUACCCCAAGAGAUUAUGAAUCAUUUGCAUCCUGGGAGGAUGAUGAAGAAACCAUUCCCGAAAACACACCAGCCUCCAUCAAUAAGACAAGUCGUAUUCAAAAGCCACAACCCAAACAUCUGUCUGAAGAUGCUUCCAGAUACCUGACUGGUCCCUGGUUGACUCUCUUUGUUCCUUCAGUUUAUACUGUAGUAUUUGUGAUAAGUCUGCCUUUAAAUAUCAUCGCAAUCAUUGUGUUCCUUGUGAAGAUGAAGAUCAAGAAACCAGCUGUUGUAUACAUGCUACAUCUGGCUACUGCAGAUGUUCUCUUUGCAAGUGUGCUGCCCUUUAAAAUAGCCUACUACUUUUCUGGAAGUAACUGGGCAUUUGGGUCUGAAAUGUGUCGCUUUGUCACCGCAGCUUUCUACUGUAACAUGUACGCUUCGAUAAUGCUGAUGACAGCCAUAAGUGUGGAUCGUUUCUUGGCUGUGGUCUAUCCAAUCGAGUCUCUCUCCUGGCGAACCCUGGGGCGUGCUUCAUUUGUUUGUCUGGUGAUAUGGAGUAUUGCCAUAGGUGGGAUUGUUCCUCUUGUUGUCAAAGAACAAACUAAAGAAAUCCCUGGGCUAAAUAUAACCACCUGCCAUGAUGUCUUAAACCAAGAUCUACUUGAAGGGUAUUUUGUUCAUUACUUCCUGGCUUUCUCUUCAGUUUUCUUUUGUGUACCAUUAAUCAUUUCCACAGUCUGUUAUGUGUCAAUUAUCCGGUGUCUCAGCUCUUCUUCCAUUGCCAACCAGAGCAAAAAGACCCGAGCCUUACUCUUGUCUGCAGCUGUGUUCUGUAUCUUCAUCAUUUGCUUUGGACCCACAAAUGUCUUUCUGAUCACCCAUUACUCCUCCCUUAUUUAUAGCAGCACAACUGAGAAAAUCUACUUUAUCUACCUUCUCUGUGUGUGUGUCAGCAGCAUAAGUUGUUGCAUUGACCCCCUGAUUUAUUAUUAUGCUUCUUCUGAUUGCCAGAGAUAUCUCCGAAGUCUCUUAUGCUGCAGAGACAGUUCUGAUCCCGGCAGUUUCAACAGCAGUGGCCAGUUAAUGACUAGAGCUAGUAAAAUGGAUACUUGUUCCACUAACAUGAGUAACAGCAUAUACAAAAAGCUGUUAACUUAGCAAGCGAUUAGAUUUUGAAGUUGUAUUUUAAAAAAAUAAUCAGCUAGCAGAUUUGAGAUUCUAUUUAGCACCUGUCAAAAAGUAUUAAUCUCACUAGCUAAAAGAGCAAAUGGCUUAUGAUGCAUCCUUCUUGGCCAUGGACAUUGAGCAUGGAUGUUUGAUAAAAGCAUUUUGCUAAAGAUAACAUAGGCAUUAAUGACAGUGUUAUUGAAGGAGUGCAUUUGUGAGUGUUAUUAUAAAGUUCAGUGUUAUAAAGAGGCUAUCUCUUUGACAUAUUUGCAGUGUACUAUACAACAGGCACUUUGAAAACCAUUUUCUCUUUUUUUUUUCUUGAUUUGGACCAAAUGACAUCCAAGGUCCUUUCCAGCUCUAAAGUUCUGUGACCAUAACCUCUAUGACUGAAAAUUCUAUAUUUAAGUUGGUUUUUAUGAGCUUUUUUGGAUAACGCAAUCUUGACCAACACAUAGUAGCUGACUGGCAAUGCAGCCAUUUCUUUAAUUACAACAGCUUUAGAAAGAUGGCAUAGACUUGUGCAGUUUUCGUGGACAAGCAUAAUCGGCGAGAGUCUUUUUGACUAAAGCUUUCAAACUAUGGUAGGCAAUAUUUGAAUUAUUAUGGGACUAAUAAAUAUUUAAAGCAUAAUAACAGAAUCUGAACCUUAAAGUUUUAAGAGAAAAUUAAAAUGUGAAGUCUUAAAAUUGCUAAAAUGAUAAAAGACUACCUUUUUAGCGGUCCCACUCUAAAGACUGUUUUCAGUCAUCAACAAAUCAAAAACUAUGUUUGUAAGCAAGUAUCUCAGCAGAAUAAAGAAGUCACAAACAGACCCAGGAUGAAAGCAUAUAUGGUGUCCAUGGGGCAGUAAAGAAGUACUGCACAAUUAUGAAUUUAAGAGUGUAAAUUUGCACUUAGAUGUAGGCUAUUGUAGUGGAUAGAGUAGCAAGUCCAGAGAUCAAGUGCUGCCUUUGACAUAUUCUAACUGGAUGACUUUAGAGUAAGUUGUUUAACUUUUCAGUUCCCUGUGCAACUCUCUGAGACCAUAAGUGGUAUAGGCAUAGAUUCCAUAUCGUCCAUCUGGACCAAAAAAUGAAACAUUGUGCUGGGUUUAUGAAGAACAAUUAAGUGUCUGCGAGAGUGGUUCUUAUCACCCCAAAUCAGCAUUGUAAUAGAAAACUGGAAGUCGUGAUCAAGGUUUCUGAGGUUUGUCAGAUGUGGAAGAUCAGGAGCCCUCCUGGAGUAAAAUGCCAGAUGCAGCAGCCAUCACCACUGAAACAACAGGCAGGGCUCUUACUCCACUGUAAUCCAUCUUGUUUAUUAGGACCAGAUGUGUAAACAAAGAUACAGAGUACCAGAAGACCAGUUUCUGAAUGAUGCAUCUAUAUUUGUAGGUCAUAUGCCCUAGGAGCAUGAAAAGGACAGAUCCUUUACAGUGUUUAUCCCACAAGUUUCAUGUUCCUACAGAAGCAUUCAUUAUCACAUUUAGAAACUUCUUUAGCAGGAUGUGACUCACGCAUGUUUCUGUAAGACGUAUGUAAAGCCAGGUGUGGAAAGAGGUUUGACAACUCGUGCUGUUUCUGAUGGUGUUGAGAUGAAAAGAGAGUAAAACCACAGAGGUAUGUUUUUGGAAAUGGAUCCUUCAACCCGCAUUAAUUUGAACACAAUCUACUUGUGAAUGUUUUGUCAAAGGAAUUAUCAUAAAUCAACUCCUUCUGAAUAAUAAGUUGAGAAUUUUGGAGUGGUUACAUAAGAAAAGUUCAUUAAUGUCGAUGAAAUCUGAGGACUUUUUUUUUGUUUUCUAUUCAUUUAUUUUCCACAUAUUAAUUCUGUAUAAAAUGCUUUCUUUCCCACUUAUAUCUUUGUGGUACUUAUGAACCCCCAGUUUUAAUAGUAUAUAUGUGGUUUUUCUUUUUUAAAAAAAUUACUUGGAUAAACCUAAACAUAUAGUGAUUUUUAAAGGAUUUCAUAAAAAAUCUUUUAUUUAAAAAAAUCACUAUAGUCUACUUGUAAAGUACAGAAGAUUCAUUUGUUUAGACCUUACUAAUUUGGAAACCAAGUUGAAGUUUAUCUUUGUCUGUGGGGGAAAAAGGGAUAUGAUAAUCAAAUACACUCUCUCAACACAACUGGCAGAGAAAGUUUGACCUCUUUAAAAGAACAAACUCUGUCAAACACUUCUUAAGUAACCAUUUAUAUAUCAAUAAAAGAAUUACUGUAUAAGCAAAGAUUAGCUACUGAGGGAGUUGCUUUGAUAUGUACAGAACAAAUCUUUUUGAUAAACUCAUUUAAGUGAAAAUGAGGCUAAAGAUCACCUACUAACAUCACAGGCCUACAUUUUAAAGUAGCAGAGCUUUGUGUCUUUACAUAUUAUGUAGUUCCAAGUUAGAGUGACUUUAUACCAUGCUUUUCCAAAUGAAUGAGGUUUUACUGUGUGUAUUAUGAUCUAUUCAUUCUGUGUAUGAUAUUAAGCUGACCUGGAUUAACAGAAGUAUCUACGUGUUAUCUAUGUUUGGAAAGUAAUGUGUCACUGUGUUCAUUUUUAUUGUUUGGAAUUCCAUUUAACCUACACUAAUAAACUUGCAAAAUGUGUUUGGGAUCUGUUUGGAAGAGAUGACAAUCCAGCUAAAUUUAUAGUGAGUUUUCUUUUCCUUUCUCUUGAAUUAUCAUUAGAAAUAAUAUUAAAAAGAACUGAUUUUAAGAAUGUCUGAAAGCAUGCUAGAAAUGAGAGUUAAGAACCUGGCCUAUUAAGAAGAAGAAACAAAGCAAUGGUCUUAGAAACAGAAGGAGGAACAUGUUGAAACCCUAAGUUGGUACAAAUCCUUGUUUAUUGCUUAUAUACUGAGAAAAAAAUUAUCAACCUUUGCUUAUCUUGAGCAGCUAUGUAUGUGAAACAAACAAUUAGAUCCCUUAAAAUAAAUGAUCAUUUGAAAUAAAUGAUUAGAUGGAACAGA